CAUUUCUCAUUGUCUACUCCCCAAAAGAAAAAGAAAAAAAAAAUCAUGAAAUUCUUCGUUUCCUUUGUUAUGUUUGUUCUCCUCUUAAACUGUCUCGAAACCGCGCAAAAUCUGAUUCAAGAUUCUUGCAAGAAAGCUGCAGCAAAAGACCCGAAGUUCAAAUACGAUUUCUGCGUCCAAUCUCUUGAAGCGGAUCCACAGAGCAAGACAGCAACUACUCUCGAAGGUUUGGUCAUAGCAUCAACGAAGAACGCUGCGUCCCAAACAAUCAACGUGAAAGGGAUCGUUGAAAAGAUUCUCAGAUCUUCACAUGGUAUUGAGAUGCCGUUACAAGAUUGCAUCGAGCUUUACACCGAUGCUAAUGAUUCUUUAAACGAGGCUUUGACAAACGUUAAGUCUCGCGAUUACAAAUCCGCUAACGUGCAUCUGAGUGCUGCUUUGGAUGCACCUACCACUUGUGAAACCGGAUUCAAAGAAGCGAAGAAACCAUCUCCGGUUACAAAUGAGAACAAUGUUUCGGUUCAGAAGAUUUUGAUUCCAUUAGCUUUUACAAAUAUGUUGUAAUGAAAUUACCAAAGUGUAUUAAUU